CGAAACGACAAGAAGAUUAUUUCAUAGUGUUAAAAAUAUACCCGUCUUACGCUCUUUGAUCUUGUUUCUGAUACCCCGUAUUCACCUUCUUCAUCAUGGCUUCUCUCCAAGCAAUUAAAUAUUCGCGGGGCAAGUUGUUAGUCCUCGACCAGCUCAGGUUGCCCCACGAGCACCAUUACGAUGAGGUAUCGACUGCAGAGGAAGCAUUUGACUGCAUUCGGUCGAUGAGAGUGAGAGGAGCUCCCGCCAUUGCCAUUGUCGCCGCUCUCGCCCAUGCCGUCGAGUUGCACAACGGAGGCUGCACCGCCACAACACCAGAGGACACCAUUGCCUACAUUGAAUCCCGGCUAGACUACCUCAAGGAGAGCCGCCCCACCGCCGUCGACCUCUCCAACGCUAUUACGCUCCUUAAACGAGCCGCGCGUGCCGCCAAGAUUGAGGGGCUCGGCCACCCAGAAGCUAAGGAGGCCAUUCUCAACUCGUACAUAGAAGCCGCCGAGAAAAUCCUCGCCAAAGACCUCGAGAACAACACGUCGAUCGGCUCCUUCGGCGCCGCCUGGCUACAGCAACAAUACAACGCGACUCCCGACCGCCCCCUCUCGGUACUCACCCACUGCAACACCGGCUCACUCGCCACCUCAGGCCACGGCACCGCGCUCGGCAUCAUCCGCACGCUGCACGCCCAGAAGCUCCUCAAGCACGCCUACUGCACCGAGACGCGCCCCUACAACCAGGGCAGCCGGCUGACCUCGUUCGAGCUGGUCUUUGAGGGCAUCCCGGCAACGCUCAUCACGGACAGCAUGGCGGCGGCGCUGUUCGCGCUGCACCGCGAGCGCAUGAACAUCGGCGCCGUCAUUGUCGGUGCCGACCGGGUCGUGCGCAACGGCGACACGGCCAACAAGAUUGGCACGUACGCUCUAGCCGUGCUGGCGCGGCACCACGGCAUCAAGUUUGUGGUGGCGGCGCCAACCACGAGUAUCGACCUCGAGACGGAGAGCGGCGAGGGGAUCAAGAUCGAGGAGCGCAAGCCGGAAGAGCUGACACAGAUUAGCGGAGCGGUGGUCAAUGACGAUGGGACUGUCGAUACCAGCCGAGCGGCGAGGGUCGCGAUCGCCGACCAGAGGAUCGACGUGUGGAACCCGGCCUUUGAUGUCACGCCACAUGCGCUGAUUGACGCUAUCGUCACCGAGAGGGGUACCGUGGUCAAGAGGGCGGAUGGCAGGUUCAACUUCAGCCAGGUGUUGCCUGAGAGGUGGCGAUGGUAACGGCUGGCUGGCAAGAAGGCGUGUGAAGCCACGCGUGUCGGAGCUGGCUCCGGGCAGUUGUUGUUUUUUUCUGCCUCUAGACUUGGCUUUAUGGUCUGCUUUUAUUGCAGCGUUGUAGGGUCCUACAGCCAUAAAAGCACAGAGGGUCUCACCAUCGACAAUUCCGCCAACAUGGGGCGGUAUACACUUGAGCUUUGCUCGCAGACUCCGCCAUGUUUCUCGCAUUAAGCUCUCUUUUACCCCUUGCUGAUCUGCUACAUAUGGAUUGAGCAAAGAUCACAGGCUCGAGGGUUUGCCGCCUAUGUACCCUAUUUACUAGUAUAUGUACAUACUCGGCGUGUGCUUUGCGCGUGGGGGACGGAGUAAUACGGAUGCAUCUACCGUACUCCGUACAUACAUACCUACCUAUUCCGGCCGUUUAGGGCUUGGCGGUUACGGGGGUGCUCCUCUUCAACCCUCGUUCUCGCGAUGAUCUCAUUGCGUCGGCUCUUUUCGCAAUCGGAGGGAUCUUCAUUCAUAAACAGAGGUCCCUUCAUUCACGAUGUUCAUAAGACUUCAUCUACAAUAGCGAGCAACAGAUCAAGAUGAGAGUCUCGUUUCAGUC